CCACAAGCCAGCUUAGCUAUUGAUUCGUAUCAUAUCAUGCCACCCUCCGUUGAAUUUCCUCCGUUUGCUUCUUCUCUCUAACAGCACCAGCUAAAGCCAUCAUCCAUCCAUGAGGGCCAGAUCGCUGCCGUCCUUCUGCCUCCACCGGAUCAGGUCCGACUGGACCGCCACGGCACCUCCACCGAUAUGCGCCAAGGAGGCCUCCGUUGAUGGCCGGGACGAGGGCAACGAUGGCGUGCCAGAGGAGAAAGAAAAGGAGAAGGAGAAGGAUUCUGCUGCUGCGGUGGGGAGGAAGGUGAUGGUGGUGACCGACGGUGGCGGCGAAGAGGCCCGGACGGCGCUGCAAUGGGCGCUCUCGCACUCCGUCCGGCGGUCCGAUACCGUGGUCCUCCUCGAUGCUGUCCAGAGCACCGGCAAGAACCGAGAUGAUCUAAGAGGGUAUCAGCCCUUGGAGGCCAUGAGGAGCAUUUGCCAUGCUAAAAGACCAGAGGUACGCGUGGAGCUUUCCCUGGUGGAGGGGAAGGAGCGAGGGCCGACCAUCGUAGAGGCGGCGAGGAAGCAGGGCGUGUCGCUCCUCGUCAUGGGGCAGAAGAAGCGGUCCGUGACAUGGAGGCUGCUGGAGAUGUGGAUGGCCGGUGGGAGAGGCGCCGGCGCCGGGGGCAGCACCGUCGAGUACUGCGUGCAGCACGCCACGUGCAUGGCGCUGGGCAUACGACGCAAGAGCCGGUGAGGGGGGGGGGGGCAAAU